UGUUUUUAUUCGAGCAUCUCCACAACAUUCAACAAAACUUUACAAUAUGUUAGACUUAUAAACUAAUCUAAACAUUAUCGAUUCCGUGGUUUUGGUAUAAAUAACAUGUUGCCGUCUUUCUCCUAGAAUUUCAGAUUAUUCCUCCAGCGAUGUCCAAACGUGUGAAUACAACAGCCACUGCCAGGCUGCGGCAGGAUUACAUGAGGAUCAUGAAAGACCCAGUUCCCUAUGUAAAAGCUGUACCGCUCCCAUCCAAUAUCUUAGAAUGGCAUUAUGUUGUGACAGGGCCGGAGAAUACACCAUAUGAAGGUGGAACAUAUCAUGGGAAGCUGGUCUUUCCCAGAGAAUUUCCAUUUAAGCCUCCUAGUAUAUACAUGAUCACACCUAAUGGACGGUUUAAGUGUAACACAAGACUGUGUUUGAGCAUCAGUGACUUCCACCCUGACACAUGGAACCCUGCGUGGUCUGUGUCCACAAUCUUGACUGGCAUGCUCAGCUUCAUGCUGGAGAAGACGCCCACCCUGGGAAGUUUGGAGACCUCAGAUUACACGAAACGUCAGCUUGCGGCCCAGAGCAGCAGCUUCAAUCUGAGUGACAAGGUGUUCUGUGAUCUGUUUCCAGAGGAAGCAGAGAAAAUCCGUGAGGAGAUACGUAAGCGAGAGGAAGAGAUCCGUGAGUCAACCUGUCAGACACUUCAGUCCUCCCACCAGUCUAGUGUGGCCGGAGUGGAGGGAGGCAAUGCAGACCGACAGCAAGGCUUCAUGGGCACAGCACUCUCAAACAUUCUCGUUAUUAUUGGCUUUGCAGCCUUUGCCUAUACUGUGAAAUAUGUUUUAAAAACAAUUGUGGAAUGAUGUUGGUUGAAGACAGUGGGAUUGUAUGAACUAAUAUGUUUUAACACAUAUAGUUUUGAAGUAUAUAAUUAAUCAGCUGGAUAGUAAUUGUAUGACAUUUGUUUUUUAACAAUUCUUAAAUAUUACCAUAACAUUUAAUUUUGACAUUUGGAUCCAGCUGUAACCUCUACUCUACAAUGUAUAUGCCUCAAAUGAAAGUCAAUGUGUUACAGAUCCAGAAUGAUGAUGUUUGGUUAACCUAGUAGAAACAAUGGCUAAAAUGUUUGACCUGAACAUAACACUUUACAAGCUCCAAUACAUAUUUCUUACGUGGCCUUAGGUAGUUAUUACAAUGAUUUUAUAUUCAUACUUUGAAGUUAUACAAUUUUGAAUUUCUGUUGUGAUUUUAUAUGACAUUGCAUUAGUAUGUCCUGUUUUGAAUGUUUAUUGUCUUUUCAAAAAAAGGACAUAUAGCGUUUUUUGUUGUUUUUAACCAGGUUUCCGAGGGAAAAAACUGGUUAUUAGUUUGGCGAAGGUCGGAAGGCGGGUGGGUGGGCUGGCGGGCGGGCGGAACAAGCUUGUCCGGGCCAUAACUAUGUCGUUCAUUGUGAGAUUUUAAAAUCAUUCGGCACAUUUGUUCACCAUCAUUAGACGGUGUUACGCGCAAAAGAAUUACGUCAAUAUCUCCAAGGUCAAGGUCACACUUCGAGUUCAAAGGUCAAAAAUGGCCAUAAAUGAGCUUGUCCGAGCCAUAACUAUGUCAAUAAUUGUGAGAUUUUAUAAUCAUUUGGCACGUUUGUUCACCAUCAUUGGACAGUGUGUCGCUUGAAAGAAUUACGUCAAUAUCACCAAGGUCACAAUUUGAGUUGAAAACCUGGUUUUGUGACAAUUUUGUCCCUUGUUUUAGUUGUUAUUGUUAAGUUCACUGAACUUAAUAGAGCUUUGAUGGCUGUUGUUAUCAGGACAUCUGCCACACAGUCUUCUGUCUUGACCACAUCUCACAAUUUAGUAAGCAGUGUAAGCUAUUUUUUGUUCUGUUUGCUGAUAAUGCUGUCCUAAAUAAAUUGUUGGUUUGGCUAAACCCUUUCCAGAAUUCGAUAGGUGGAGUUUCUAAUCAUUCUGAUAUUUGUACGUUUAAGGGUGUAAUAGGAAUAUAUUUUUUAGUGGUAUAAUUGAAAUAAAAAAAUAUGCUUA